UAAGCAGUGAGUCUGCCUUGUCUUAUUUUGGAAUUAUUGCCCUUUGCUAGUUUUUAUACUUUGAACAUUGUCCGGGACAUUAUUCUAAAACUAUAAGAGAUAUCAUCAUAAUACCUUGUAGGCAGAUAGAUCUUAUUGAAUAAAAGUGCAGUUAAAAAGAACCUUAACUCUGCCUUGCUUAAUUUUGGAGUAAUUGCCCGUUGUUUUUUUUGUUGUUGUUGUUGUUGUUUUCACUUUAAACUUUGUCUGAAACAAAGCUCUGAAACCAUAAGAGGUAUCAACAAGACGUAGAAUAAUCUCAUUAAAUAGAGGUACAGUGCAAACUCUGCCUUGCUUAAUUUUGUAGUUAUUGCCCUUUGUUCAUUUUUACAUUUUGAACUUUGUCCGGGACAUAACUCUGUCACUACACUGACACUACAAGAGGUAUACUUUUCUGUGUCCUAAACCUACUUCGGGAGCAUCACCCGGUUCAACCGGCUCUUGUUUUUUUAAACAGGAACAAAGCCUAAUAAAAAAGACGUUAUGCCGACUUCUCCAAAAAAAUGCACAAGAAAUAUGCAGGCAUCAUUCUCGGUGACCUGCAGCGACAGUCAUUCAUAUGCAGACAUAGGAAGUAUUUCGGAUUAUCGUCAUUACGUUAUGCCGGAUGAAACAUCUCAGCAAAGUUUUAAGAUGAAAAUAUGUCUGGAAAAUGUUCGUGAUUCAAAAGAUAAUGACCGAAGAAAACUGAAUGAAGACGCAAUCGCCCAAAGGAAACAAAAGACGCUACCAAAAGCGGAAAAUGCAAACAAAGUUGACUCCGUAAUCAAUAACGCUGUCAAAGAUAUAGAUAUUGUAACAAAGAAAAAUAAAGAUGAAGACAGCCCAGCCGGUAUGCAUCUUAGGAAUAAGGUUGAACAAGAGCAGCAUUUACCUGAAAUACGAGACAAAAGUAAAGCGAGAGUGUCAGGCGACAAACACAACCUUGAAAACGAUAAAAAGAAAAUUUCCAGGGAGCAUUACGAUCCAUCUGGAUAUCUAGAUUUAGACAUCGCCGAGAAGACAAGUCAUCAGUAUCUACAGAAGUGGAUGAAAGAAAUCUACGCAGUCGAGCAAAAGGCAAAACUAGAAGACAAACAACGGAAGGACACAGAGGCGCCACAAGUUGGAAAGAGAAAAGUUUUUAUUGCUAAAACACCUGGACGAGAAAGCAACAAUUUAUAUUCUAACGUAGGCGAUCACAGAAUUGCCUUCUCGGACGAGGAGUCUUUGUUUAGUAACCAACUUUAAGAAAUAACGGCAACUCUUGAGUAUUUUUCCAUCUUAUUUCGGCAAAUUACUACUAUUUUAUUUGCUUCGAUGUGAAUGAAUUUAUAAAUUUCAUUAUUAAAAGAUGUUGUAUUUGUGUGAAAGAGACUGGAAUGAGAGUUGACUGAAUCUGACCUCUGUAUUUUGACAGUCCUGGGAUACGUGUAUCAAUAUCAGUAUGUGAGUAUAUGAACUUCAUCUGAAUGCUUUUUGAUUGUCUUACCUCAUUAUAUCGUUGGUGCAAUUAUCUAGUAAUAAUGAAAAUGACAAUUAUUGUUAAUGUUUAGUAAUAAAAUUUGUUUAUAAAACUGUUCAAUAGAUAUACAUGUAUGUAAUAUUUGUUUAAGAAACAUUCUCUAUGCUAUAAUCUUAGUGAAAAAAUAAAAGUUUUUGUAUACUGUAUACUGGAAAUAAUUUCAUUGUUAGAAACAUAUAAAUAACCUACUGGUUCAAAAAGUCAUUAGCUUUUGUCACGAGUAUAUGAUAUUAUAUUCUUAUAAUGAAAAUUAUCGUAUCAUUACCAGAAAACAUAAUGGAUAAAUAUAAGUUAAUUUCAUCUGCUGAAUUUUAUUUUUAAUUUUGGAUCAUUAAAAAUGUUUUAAAACUUAAAUACAAUUACAAAUGUAUCUAUAACCAACAUUGUUAUUAUAUAAUUGUCAGGCGACUCAGGUAAGUACUGUGACUAUAUAUUUAUAUAUACAGAACUUUGUCUGAUCCGUUGGUCUACCUACUAUGCAUAAGACAGCACUGUUUAUACAAAACAAAAUAUUCCACGGAAAAAAAAGAACACAGUUUUACUGUUAGACAAUAUAAACCUCAACUUUAUUUUGACAGAUCCCUGACCUGUCCAAAAUUCUUAGAUUCACGGAUGCAAUAAGAAUUUAACCACAUUUUAUUUUCUAACAAAAGAGCACAUGUCAAUGUAUGUGGUCAAAUUUAUUGUUAUUCAAAUAAAAGGUCAGAGUAGGGAUCUAUCAAUUAAAAGGCACACAUUUCGGUAAUCUAUAAAGUAAGAAAAAUAUAAAGAUUGGAGGAAAGAAACGUAUUAUUCAUUACGUUUCCGCUGCGUAUGUU